UGAUUUUCCCAAUCUGCUGCAUGCUGAAUUGUCGCAACGACGAAGAUGACGCGAGCUGGUGUGCUUGUGCUUGUUGUUGUGGCCGUGCUUGUGGCCUUGGGCGUGGCGGGUAUCGGGGUUGAGGGGCAGCAGGUGAUCUCGUGGUCCGCAGACAACUGCCCAACGGAGCCUGAGGGAGAAGGUGAAGUGCAGGACGGCAAAGAGUGCGCAGAGGUCACAGUGCCACUGCAUGGCGCCGGGGUUGGUGACACAGCAUGGCUCAACGUCAACGACGCUGGCAACAACAAUGACACCAUCACACUGUUUGUGCGCCGAUACCGGCCAGAGGCCCGAAACGCAGGCGCAAGCCGUGGACAGCUGUGGCUCAUCCCGGGUGGUCCUGGCCAAGCCGGCAGCGAGAUGACCCCUCUCACUGCCCACUUCGCAGAUGAGCCGUACACGCUCGUGAUUGCAGACCACCGCGGCACGGGCCGCUCCUCCUACCUGGGCUGCCCGGACGCUGAGGCAGAGUCCUCGCCGGCCGGCCCCAAGAUUACGCUCGCGGAGUGGGGAGGCUGCAUCCAGCAUCUGGAGGCGCAGUGGACACGCGCUGGCCUCCAGGGUUUCUCCACCACCAACGCCGCCCGCGACGUGCGGUACAUCGCCAGCCUCAUCAGGGAGGAAGAGGAGGCCGCGUCCGGAGGAGCAAACGACUACAAGAUCACCCUCUUCGGCUCAAGCUACGGCACGCUCGUCGCCAACCGCGCCGUCUUGCUUGAGGAGGAGGAGGAUGUGGACAACACGGCCACCAGCCUCGGCCGUGUCAUUGACGCCAUCGCUCUGGAUGGCACCGUGUAUCCAAAGGGGUACGUGCUCACGGCGCAGUCGCAGUUCUUCACCGCUGCGCUUCGCGUCACCCUUGACGCGUGCGCCGUUGACGACACCUGUGGUGGAUAUCUUGGCUUAGAGCCAUCCAACACCCUCGACCUGUUGCUGGAGCGUCUGCGUGGCGGUCACUGCCGGCAGGCUGGCAUCGACCCCGAAGAGUACCGCCUCAUGCUCGGCAUGCUCAACUCCCUGCAGCCCGCGGGCCUGCCGCACAUCCUGGUCACAGCCUCCAUUGUCCGCCUGCUCCGCUGCGGCGAGGACGACCUUCCCGCCUUGCGUCGCUUCAACGACUUCACCCACACCGUCGUGAGCAACGUGCGCGCGUCCCUGACGCAUGGCCCCGGGUUCUCGCAGGCGGCGCUGAUGGCUGUCGCUGCGCAGGAGAUUAUCGAGGACCUUCCCGUUGGCAGCGACGACUUCUGGACAAACACAGACCGCAACCUCGAGCGGUCCCUGCACGCCCUCUUUGUGCACCCGCGCGUGGUCGCAUAUCCCAUUGGGCUCAUUCGCCUUCCGCGUGAUGCAUAUGCGGGGCGCACACCCACCUCCCUCCACGUCCCCGUGCUCCUUCUCUCGGGUCUGCUCGACGCCAACACCCCGCACCUCUUCUCCCGCCUCAUGUACCUGGACUACAUGCAGGCACAACGCCCAGCAGGCGUUGCCCCGCCCAAGAUGCUCGUUGCCUCCACCUCUGGCCACGGCGUCCUCAAUCAGGACACCCGCGCCCUACCUUGCAUGCUCGAGUGGAUGGACGAUCCGCACGGCUUUGAUGCCGAGCAGUGCAUGCCCUUUGUUCCGCUGUCCUUCACCUCACCCUCGGAGCACGACCGCCGCAUCUUCGGCGACACCCCGUAUGGCGCAUCCCCACCAGACACGGGUCCCGCCGGCCUCCUCCCACGCACGGGCGCCGAGGACGCCAUUGCCGCUGCCGUGAGCGACGGCUCCAUUGCGUCGGCGAGUGACGCGCAGGGCGGACGAGCAGCAAGGACCGUCACCGUGUUUGUGGUGCUCGACUUCCUUGUGCUGCUUGCGCUGUGCGGUUUUGUGGCCGUGCUUGCACGCCGGUCGUCACCACCUUCCUCAUCCUCAUCGUCGUCAUCGUCUUCGCGGCGUGAGAAGUAUUCGCUCCAGGAGAACCUGCUUCCAUCCAGCGACACUCCGUGAUGUGAUGAUGGCGCCAGGGCUUUGUUCUGCUCUGGUUUGUAUGUGUGUGUGUGUGUGUGUGUGUGUGUGUGUGUGUGUGUGUGUGUGUGUGUGUGUGUGUGUGCGUGCGUGUGUGUGUGCGUGUGUUGGUGUGUUGGCGCGGGAGGGGGUGUGGUUGCGGUAGCACGUUCUAAUCGAUUUUCUCGUUAUGGUCAACGAUGGAUGGGGUAAACGUUUGUGGAAUAGGGAAAGGGGACUUGGGGUGGGGUGCGGAACGAGCGUACAUAUGAAAUGCAGCGUGAAUGCGUGAAUGUGUACGUGUGUGCGUGCGCGAGGGAGAGGGAGGGGCACACACGUCUUGGUUGCUCGGUAGUCCCGCUUGCCCAUGUGGUGGUAGGUGGUACCUCACGUCCAUGUGCAGUAAAGCCUCCGCCAAACGAAA